CCUUCGUCACUCCUUCCACCGUCUCCUUUCCGACCCACGAAUCCUCGAACUUUAAUCCGUUCUCCAGCGGCAGGAUGGGAUUUUUGAUGCGGAGACGGAGAAAUCUGGACUGAGACGAACCGAUCGGUGCCUCGCAUUAUCCAUUUCGUCGAAGAUUUCGAUCUCGGAUUCUCUCCCGCUCUAAAUGCUUGCUUAGAAGUUAGAACCCUAAAGGUUUGAUCCGUGAUCCUUUGCCUUGCUUGUCGGGAUGAAGGUUUUGUGUCGGAAUAUGGAGCAGGACCGAGAGCAGACGAUGAUUUCUUCGUCGCCGUUCGUGAUCUCGUUCCUGCUGCUGGUUUCGGUCCCGGUGCUCUUCGUCUUGGCCCCGCGGGUUCUGCCGCCGAAGACGCUACCGAGCAUCCCCAACCGCGACGAGAUGGAUGACCUCGCGCUCUUCCGCCGCGCCACCCUCGCGUCCGCCGGCGGGGGCGGAGGGCUCCGCCGACGCGCGGCGGCGCCGCCCAAGAUCGCGUUCAUGUUCCUGACCAACUCCGACCUCUCGUUCGCGCCCCUCUGGGAGCGGUUCUUCCGCGGCCAUGAGCGACUGUUCAACGUGUACGUCCACGCCGACCCUUCCGCGCGUCUCCUGCUCCCGCCAACGCCCUCCUUCCUCGGGAGAUUCAUCCCGGCGAAGGCCACGCAGCGAGCGUCGCCGACGCUCAUCUCAGCAGCGCGCCGCCUUCUCGCAGCGGCGCUCCUCGACGACCCGACCAACGCCUUCUUCGCCCUUCUCUCCCAGCAUUGCGUCCCCCUCCACUCCUUCCGCUUCACCUACCACGCCGUCCUCGCUAAUUCUGACGUACCGCUGGCCACCAACGGCGAUGGGGUCCUCCGCCGCCGACACCGGAGCUUUAUCGAGAUCCUCUCCGGCGAACCGGGGCUGUGGGACCGCUAUGUCGCUCGUGGCGACGAUGUGAUGCUCCCGGAAGUGACCUUCGACCAGUUCCGUGUGGGUUCGCAGUUCUUUAUCCUCGCCAGGCGGCACGCGGUGAUGGUGGUGCGUGACCGACGGUUGUGGAAGAAGUUCAAGAUGCCAUGCCUCAAGUCCAAAGAAGAUUCUUGCUACCCCGAGGAACAUUACUUUCCGACACUCCUCCAGAUGCAGGACCCUGAGGGAUGCACUCAUUAUACGCUAACCAGGGUGAACUGGACCGAUAGCAUAGGCGGCCACCCACACACUUACCGGCCACCGGAGAUAUCCGGUGAUCUAAUCAAGGAGUUGAGGAGGUCGAAUUCGACAUACUCCUACCUCUUUGCACGCAAGUUCUCUCCGGACUGCCUUGAUCCCCUGCUCGAGCUUGUGGAUAUUACUAUCUUUCGGGAUUGAGUCCUCUUUUGGUUGCGGUCUGCAGCAAAGGGAUUGGUGCUUAGGCAAAUGUAUGAGAGAUUGAUGAGAGUAUAUGGCUAAAGCUGAUCCAUCUUUUCCUCUUCAUUUGUGAACCCCAUCUCUGUCACUGGUAAAGAUGAUGCUGGUCUAAAGUGCAAGGAAGAACUAAGAUGGCUUAAGUGAGACAUCCACAUUAGUUAUUAGCAUCAUGAUCCUGUGCAAGGGAUAGUAAAGCACUUUUGUAUCUACACAGAGUUCAAUAAUAAUGGUGAAUGAAGGAAUCAUCUGACAGAAUCUGAGCAAAAAAAUCACUUCUCUUGGGAAAGAAUGCAUGCGGCAGAGGCAAACUAUACUGGUUAAACUCUUAUCAUGGUCACCACUUCUAACUGAAGCAGGUUUGCUCUCUUGAUAUUGGAGUUAAAGAUGCAUCAGUAUCCUUCCUAAACCCUUGGUAAAGUUUGGUGGUGCAGGCAUCUUUUUUAUCCAGUGGAAAAACCACAUCAGCCUUCAGGAAUGUGUCAUAAGCCUGUCACCACCUUCUUUGUUUGUCACUGCCACAAGGAUGUAACCUGUGUGGACAGUGACUCAGAAAUGCUUCACUGUCACAAGGAAUAGAAUGGCAACACAUCAGCUUUGAGUCACAUGUAGUUGCAUGUUCUAUUUAUAAUUAAUUUCUGCACCAAUUACAUUCAGAAUCAUAAUGACCUUGUCUUAAAGUUUCUUCCAGGAACUACUCUGUCAUUG